CACACACACACUGGUAUGGCUUUAUGGCUGAUGCAAAAAUAGCCUCUCUUUUAGACUCAAAGGGGACCCCACUGUCUUUUCCAGCUGCUCUUGUCAGUCACAUUUCAAAACAAGAUGGCAGACAGAGGGAACUGGGUUUUAACACUCUCAGUGUGUAGUGUCUGCUUGCUGGUGGUCAGAGCAGACAUCAUAGGGCACGCCUCUGUGGGUCAGCUGUUCGUAUAUGAACUACAGAGAGAAAUCUACCAGAAUGAUUUUGAGAACUUUCACUACUACGGAAGUAUGCAUAAUGACCCCAUGGUGUUCAAGUGCAACAAGCAGCAGUUCCCAGACCUGCCCCGCUGGCUGCGCUUCACACAGCGCCAUCCAUACGACAACGGCUUCCUGUACGGCACACCGCUGCCCGAAGACCUGGGCAAGAACAUCAUAGAGAUUUAUGUGACAAAUAAACGAACUUAUGAAACUUUCAGGGACCGCCUUAUUCUAAACAUUGGGCCUGCAGUUAAACUGCUACCUUACCAGGCUGAAUUCUUCAUCGGUUUGAGAGAGAUUGAGAAGGUCUUGCCGUAUGACGUUCAGGAAGAGAUAAAGCAGGACAUCCAGAUGAUCUGGGGAACGGAUCGACUCGAAUAUGUUAACAUCACCUCUGCUCUGGACCGUGGUGGACGUGUCCCUCUGCCUCUGCCAGGACACUAUGAGGGUGUGUAUGUGAAGCUGGGGUCAGAUCAACCCUACUCCGCCUGUCUGCUGAAGCUGCAGACAGCAGAUCAUCAGCGAGAGUGUGAGGCUGGAGGGAAGUUCCCCGGAGAAUGCAGAGUGUGCCGUAUCCCUGCUAACUGUGUGACCUGGUGCAAGUCAUCUCUGAUUAAUUCAUCCAUGCCUGCGCCUCCUCCAGCCCCGACCGUAGGUUCAGGAGUUCUGGCCUGGGGAGGAGAGUUUAUGCCACCUGACUCUCCACCUGAUAGAGACUUUGUCCCUGACUACAUCGUUACCGUCAUCGUGCCCUUCAUCCUUGCCAUCCUCCUCUGCCUCAUUCUAGCUUAUGUGAUGUGCUGCAGGAGAGAAGGAGUUCAGAAACGGGAUGCCAUGACUCCAGAGCUCCAGCUUUAUCACCAUCACACCAUCCAUGAUAACAGCAGUGAGCUGCGGACCAUGACCGGCAACCGCAAUAGUGUACCACAGCCCCUGUCCACACUGCCUAUGUUUAACGCCCGGACCGGGGAGAGGGCACCUCCGGAGUAUCCCUCCGACAGCGUCCAUAUCCCGCUCAUCAUGGCCCAGCAGGAGCCUAAUGUUGACACACUGCCCAGGAAAUGAAGAUCUGGAUCUUCGGGAACCCAAUGAAGGAUCGCGAUUUGCUGGAGAGCUUUUUCUUUUUUUCUUUUCACUCUGAUUUUAUUUCUUCUGAUCUGCAUUGUUUGAAAAGUUGCAGUACCAUGUGGCUUUAAGUGCACCAAGUUGCCUCUUUUAGAUGCAUUGCUAAUGUUUGAAAUCUGUAUUUCAUGUAUUUCCUAUAAUUAUUUAGGAAAAUAUAUGAAUAGAUACCUGUAGAAUGUGUUUAUAUAUAUAUA